AGAGAGAUGGCACUGGCCAGAGCAGGAUUCAACCCUCUGCUUCUGCUCCUGCUGCUGGGGCUCUGGGUGGUGGAGGACCCAGUCAGCGCCAAGCCCAGUCACAUGACCUCGGCUCAGUGGUUUGAAGCUCAGCACGUGCAGCCCAGGCCUAAGAGAUGCAGCGCUGCCAUGGGCAACAUCAACAAGUACUCCAGACGCUGCAAAGGCUUCAACACCUUCCUGCAUGAAUCCUUCUCCAGCGUGGCUGCCACCUGUCAGACCCCCAUCACAGCCUGCAAGAAUGGCCAUAAAAACUGCCACCAGAGCCAGAAACCUGCAACCCUGACUACGUGUAAGCUCACCUCUGGCCGGUACCCAAACUGCAGGUACAAAGAGAAGCAACUGGUGGCUCCUUACAUCGUGGCCUGUGACCCUCCCCAGAAAGGGGAUUCUGGACACUUGAAGCUGGUUCCCGUGCACUUGGACAAAGUCCUUUAG